AUGCCUUGCAGUACCACAACUUUCAAGCCAAAGGAGCCCAUUGCCGUCGUUGGGAUCGGCUGCCGGUUUCCCGGCGGCGCAAGCAGCCCUUCUAAACUGUGGGAGAUUCUCGAAAAGCCCAGGGACCUCCUCAAGAAGGUGCCCAUUGACCGGUUCAACAUCGACUCGGUCUACCACGCAGACGGCUCAUUCCACGGACGGACCAACGCGCCAUACGCCUAUUUCCUCGAUGAAAACAUUCGCGCGUUUGAUGCAAACUUCUUCAACAUUCAACACCACGAGGCGGAGGUAACCGACCCCCAGCACCGGCUACUUCUCGAGACCGUAUACGAGGCCUUGGAAGCGGCCGGAAUCCGUGUCGAAGACCUCCGAGGGUCCCCUACCGCUGUUUACUGCGGGCAGAUGAUGAACGACUACAAGGACUUGGUCAACUUUGACCUUGACGGUCUCCCGACAUACGCGGCAACAGGCACGGCAGCAAGCAUUCUUUCGAAUCGAGUCUCAUACUUUUUCGAUUGGCACGGGCCAAGUAUGACCAUUGACACAGCGUGCAGCUCAUCUCUGGUUGCUGUCCACCAUGCAGUCCAACAGCUUCGAACCGGCUCUAGCAAGGUUGCCAUCGCGGCAGGGGCAAAUCUGAUACUGGGCCCAGUUCCUUUCAUCGUUGAAAGCAAGAUGAACAUGCUUUCGCCCACGGGGAGAUCAAGCAUGUGGGACGAAAAGGCCAACGGCUAUGCCCGCGGAGAAGGUGUUGCUGCUGUUGUGCUCAAGACUCUUAGUCAGGCACUGAGCGACGGUGACAACAUUGAAUGCAUUAUCAGAGAGACUGGCGUUAACCAAGAUGGUCGAUCCCCCGGCAUAACAAUGCCCAGCCACCGAGCACAGGAGGCCCUGAUCCGUGAGACGUACGCGGCAGCAGGGCUCGACCUGUCCCGUGCCGAGGACCGAUGCCAGUAUUUCGAGGCUCACGGAACCGGAACCUCUGCAGGAGAUCCACAGGAAGCUGAGGCUAUAGCACGAUCCUUUUUCGGGAGCAGGGGACGAUCUCCGGAAGAAGCACCGCUGUACGUGGGCAGCAUCAAGACAGUCAUAGGUCACGCGGAGGGCACCGCGGGCGUCGCCGGACUUAUAAAGGCGUCCCUGGCGAUGCAGCACCGAGUGAUACCGCCAAACAUGCUCUUCGAUAAGCUUUCUCCUAAGGUGGCCCCGUUCUACCAGAAUCUCCACGUUCCCUCUAAGGCGCAGCCGUGGCCAGAACUCCCUCCGGACGUUCCGAUAAGGGCGAGCGUCAACUCUUUCGGUUUUGGAGGCACCAACGCGCAUGUCAUCCUCGAAGCCCAUCCCGACUCGGAGCUACGUCUGCGACGGACAUCCCAGUGCUCCUCUGCAGUGCCGAUAUGGCCCAUUCCCAUAACUGCGAACUCGGAGCUCUCCCUCAAAGCCACGGCGCAAGACUUGUUACAGUACCUCCGAUCGGCUUCCGGCAUACAGAUCCAGGAUCUGGCAUGGACACUGACCAACAGACGGUCUGUAUUACCCGUACGCCGCGCCCUCACGGCGCAGACAAUACCGGGAGUGUGUGCAGCCCUCGAAGCGACCAUUGCGUCCAUCGACAAGAAAGAGGGUCUCGUCGUGUCGAGCUUGUCCACCCGGAAGCCUAAGGUCCUGGGUGUGUUCACUGGACAAGGCGCACAAUGGUCCGCGAUGGGCAAGAUCCUAAUCUCGGCCGUUCCUCACGCCCGCAACGUAAUCUCCCAGCUGGAUCAGUCGUUGAGCAGCCUACCUCCACGCUAUCGGCCAUCAUGGACCCUGUACGACCAGCUCAUGCUCGAGGGUGACAGCUCCAACGUCUACGAUGCCCGCUUCUCCCAGCCCCUCUGCUGCGCGAUCCAGAUCAUCCUAGUGCAGAUGCUCACGGCAACCGGCAUCAAGUUCGAGGUGGUCGUCGGGCACAGCUCCGGCGAGAUCGCGUGUGCUUACGCGGCAGGAUUCAUCACCGCCUCCAAGGCGAUUCGCAUCGCUUACUUACGGGGUCUUGUGUCGGACAAGGCGGCGUCGCCCAGUGGUGUAGAGGGCGCAAUGUUGGCUGCGGGCUGCUCCCAAGAAGACGCCGAGGAACUCUGCGGUCUAAAUGUCUUCCGUGGUCGGAUCUGCGUUGCCGCAAGCAAUGCACCGGACAGUGUCACCAUCUCGGGCGAUGCCGAUGCCAUUGAAGAGGCCCGCGAGGUCCUAGAAGACGAGUCUAAAUUUGCGAGACAGCUUAAAGUCAACAAGGCUUAUCACUCCUUCCACAUGAAGCCAUGCGCAGAGCCUUACAUGAGAGCUCUGCAAGACUCAGAAUGCGACGCCGUCGACGCCAACACCACCAGCACUGCCGAGCCAUCCACGGUAUGGAUCUCUUCAGUGCAAGCAGGCCAUCGCAUGAGGGGGCAGGACGUCACCGCCAACUACUGGAAGGACAAUCUCCUCUCGCCUGUGCUAUUCUCGCAGGCUGUCGAGCAUGUGGCGAGGAAUCUGGAGCCGGUGGACCUUGCUAUUGAGGUCGGCUGCCAUCCCGCUCUCAAGGGCCCGUGUCUCAAGACCAUCAAAGAAUGCGUCGAGCCCGGCGCUCCCGAGCUCCCAUACGUCGGAUGCAUGCGGCGAGGUGCCGACGACCUCGAUGCUUUUGCAGACGCGCUCGGGUACGUCUGGGAGCGCUUCGGUACCGAGAGUGUGAGCCUCGCCGGGUUAAACGAGAUCCUGCCACAGACGCCGGUGAACAGCCUCGCCAAGGCGCUGCCUCCGUACCCGUGGGACCGGUCCAAGUCAUACUGGCUGGAUACCCGGCGGACUCGCUUUUUCCUCCGCGGAGGCGAACCCAAGCCGCAUCUCCUGCUGGGGAAGCUCUCGGCGGACAGCACUUCGACGGCAUUGCAGUGGCGCAACUCGAUCCGGCCAAGGGACAUAUCGUGGCUGGACAGUCACCAGCUACAGGGCCAGACGGUCUUUCCCGGUGCCGGCUACGUUGUCAUGGUAGCUGAGGCCGCCAUGCACGUCGCCAAAGGCCGAUCCGUGCAGCUUCUGGAGGUAUUUGACGUUGAGAUAUUCAAAGCCGUGACAUUUGACAACGAGAGCAGCCUCGUUGAGCUAAGCCUAUCCCUCGAGGUCUAUCCGGCGCCCGCGAGCGCCCAUCAUGUCUCGGCCUCCUUCCGGAUAGACUGCUGUCUAUCUAGAGAGGACGCCAUGUCCCCGUCGACCAGCGGCAAACUCAUCAUCACUUACGGCCCUGGCGCCCCCGACACCCUGCCGGUUGCGCAUGUCGAGCCGCCACACAUGAGCAACAUCAGCGUCGACGCGUUUUACAAGGAGCUCUCGGCGGUCGGCUACGGCUACACCAACGACUUUCGCGGCCUUUCCAGCAUGAGGCGGGCCGACUUCAAAGCCUGCGGCUCCAUGAGGCUACCCCAUGCAGGAUCGGCGGAUGGCGACGAUCAACUGCUGCUACACCCCGCCACCCUGGACAAUGCUUUCCAAACCCUCAUAGCUGCCGUAUCGGCCCCGGGCGACGGACUGAUGCGCUCACUGCUGGUGCCGACAUCGAUCGGCCGGAUCGCGCUUAACCCUUGGCUCUGCGGCGAGGUGUCAAGGUCUAGCGAGGAAGUGCACUACAACGCGACCAGCACCACGAGCCGGAUCAGCUCGAUCAGCGGCGACAUCGAGGUCUUCGAUCCCAGGACCGGGCACAUCAUGUUCCAGGUCGAGGGUAUCAGCACCAAGGCGGCCUCGGCCGCGACGAAGGCCAAUGAUCAUACAAUGUUCAUGCAUUGGGAGUGGGACCGGCUCGUGCCUGACAAACUCCUCAACAGGGCCGAGUAUGCGGCGACAGACGCCGACAGGGAAGUGGCCUCUGCCAUGGAACGCAUCGUCUAUUUUUACAUCAGGUCCUUCUUGGAAGACCAUGCGGCCGAGAAACUGGCUGAUCUCGCUCCCCACCAUCAGACGCAGAUCCGGUGGUUCCAGCACAAGAUGGACGAAGCCAGGCAAGGCCGGAGCCUGUUCUACCAGGCGGAGUGGGAGAGGGACCAGCAGGCCGACAUCCAGAGCGUCAUCGCCAGACAUGAAGCCAACUCGCACGUGAGGCUGAUCCAGCGGGUCGGCGAGGGCCUCCGGGACGUCUUCUUCGAUGGUAGGAACGCGUUCGAGCUCAUGGACCACGACGGGCUGCUGAGCGAGUUCUACGGGAGCGACUCCGGGUUCGGCCCGGCGUACUACUACAUGCAGCAUGCCAUCGCCCCCAUCUUGCAUCGGUACCAAAAGAUGGACAUCCUGGAAAUCGGUGCGGGCACUGGAGGGGCGACGAGAUACAUUCUGGACCAGGACCCAGCUCCGGCGUUCAACAGCUACACCUUUACCGACAUCUCGACGAGCUUCUUCGAAAAGGCCCACGAGACAUUUGCCCAAUUCGAAGACAAGAUGGAGUUCCAGGCCCUUGAUGUCAGGCGCAGCCCGGUGGAGCAAGGGUUCACACCGCACUCGUACGACCUCAUCAUCGCCUCCAACGUCCUGCACGCGACACCGAACUUGCAGGAGACCAUGGCCAACGUGAGGACGCUGCUCAAGCCCGGCGGCAACAUUGUUGUCGUCGAGCUCACCAGCCCACGCCACUCCCGCAUCGGGUUCAUAUUCGGCCUCUUCGCGGACUGGUGGGCCGGGGUCGACGACGACCGGGUGCUGCAGCCGUACGUGUCCAUCGAGAGGUGGGAUGGCAUCCUCAGAAAGACGGGCUUUUCGGGCGUGGCCAGCAAGUUCGAGGACCCGGAGGACGAGAUAUUCCCCACGUCCGUGUUCCGGUCCGAGGCCGUCAACGAUAAGGUAGCGCGGCUGUACGAGCCGCUGCUCUUCCCUGCCAGGGAUCCGAGCCCAACUGUCGUCGUCGUCGGAGGCGCAACGCCGAAGUCGUCGAGGAUCUGCCGGGGGAUACAGAAAAUCCUCCCGGCACGUCGUUUCGAGCUGCUCCAGAGUCUCGAGGACGUGGGCGCAGGCUGGCUCGGUUCCGAUGUCAAGCCCACUUUCCUGGUCCUCUCGGAGCUGGACGACCCGGUGUUCGCCGGCAUGAACGAGGCCAGGUUCGAGGCCCUCAAGGUCCUCGGCGAAGCCGCCGGGCAUAUGCUCUGGGUAACGGAGGACGCGUGGCUGGACCCCGUCAAGGCGAUGGCUAUUGGUUUCCUCCGUACCCUGCGUCUAGAAUGCGUCCAGUGCGGCAUCCAAGUCUUAGACGUGGACGACGCCGACAAGCUGGGUUGGGAGUACCUGGCAGAAACCCUCCUCCGGCUAGAGGAGUGUUCGGACUGGCAGGAUGCCGGGCUACUGUGGACAUUGGAGCCGGAGAUCUACGUCUCACAGGGCCUCGCUCGCAUCCCCCGUCUCAAGCCAAACAGACCCAUGAACGACCGUCUGAAUUCGGGACGCAGGGAAGUGCUGGCCGACGCGGAUCCAAAGACUACGCCCGUGGUCCUCUACCAGGACGAUGACGCUGCCUAUCUCCAGUCCAACGACACUUACGAACCGGAUGUCAAGGAGGGUCCAGGCUUCAGCUGCAAACCCCUAACUAGCAGACUGCGGGUACUUCACUCCCUCGCAAGAGCCGUCCGCCUCGGCAACUUCGGAUACUUCAAUGUUGUCCACGGCAUCUCGGUAAGCAGCGGCGAGGCCGUCAUUGCCCUCUGCGAGGAAAACGGCUCGCUGGUCGAUGCCGCUCCCGACCGGGUCGCCCAUCUGCCAGGCCAAGCCAGGCCAGCCCUCCUCCUCGCGGUCGCGGCAGAUCUCCUGGCGCAGACACUGGUGGCGGAGACCGCGCCGGGGGCGCAUAUACUCAUCUACGGCGCUCCCAGGAUAUACGAAGACCGCAUCGCCCAGAGAGUCAAGGCCAAAGGGAUCCGCGCCACCUUCGCCUCGGUCCGUCCGAGAACCGCGGAAGACGAUGACGCGGCCGGCGAGGACUCCUCCUCCUCCUCCUGGUCGUCAUGGAUACAGCUACACGAGAACAUGACCCAGCUCGCGCUCUCCAGGAUGCUCCCGCGUCACGUCAGCGCCUUUUACAACUUCUCCCUCGACCGGAGCCCCGUCGGCGCGGGCCAGGUCCUCUCCAAGCGCUUCGCCGCGCGGAGCUGUCCGACGUUUCAGGCGGAGCACCUCGCGUCCCUGACCGCGUCGGCGUGGACCCGGCAAACGGGGAACGCCCUGGGCGCGAUGCUGGACGAGUCCGUGAAGGUGUGUCUUGCUGCUGCAGCUGCUGCUGGCGUCGGAGCGGCGAAAGAUGUCCACGCGACUCCGGCGCAAGAGCUCGUCACGCUUCAGCGCCGCGUCGGCUACUCCACCGUCAUCGACUGGACCUUGCAUGACGUUCUCUCGGCACGGGUGCUUCCUGUGGAUUCCGGGAGACUGUUCUCGGACGACAAGACGUACCUGCUGAUCGGCCUCACUGGAGAUCUCGGCCGCUCCAUCUGCCGCUGGAUGCUCGGGCAUGGCGCCAAGCAUGUCGUGCUUUCCAGUCGACACCCACAGGUUGAGGAUAGAUGGCUUGCGGAGAUGCAAGAGCUCGGUGGGAACGUUAUGGUCUUGCCAAUGGACGUCGCCAAUCAAAAGUCUUUGGAUACAGGCUUAGACAUGAUCCGAAAGUCAUUCCCGCCCAUCGGUGGCGUAGCCUUUGGGCCUCUUGUUUUGAAAGACGUCCUCCUGAAAAACAUGCAGCUCGACCAGAUGCAGACGGUCCUUCACCCUAAAGUCACGGGCGCCCGCCUGUUGCAGGAGCGGCUCGACGAGCGGGAGCACCGGCUCGAGUUCUUCGUCAUGUUCUCCUCGUUCGUCAUGGUGUGCGGCAACCCAGGCCAGAGCGCCUACAGCGCGGCCAACGCGUACACGCAUGCCCUCGCCCUGCGGCGCCGCGCCUGCGGGCUGGCGGGCUCGACCAUCGACAUGGGCGCCAUCUGGGGCGUGGGCUACAUCGUCCGGCAGGGCAGGGACGAGGAGUACGAGACCAUCAGCUUCAAGUUCGACAAGGUCUCGGAGAUGGAGCUGCACGCCCUUUUCGCCGAGGCCGUCGUGGUCGGCCGUCCCGGUCCGAGCAGCAGCAGCAACGACGCCACGCAGCGCGAUGAGAUCGAGGUCAUCACCGGAAUGCGGUUCCUCGACCCGACGAAUAAAGAGCUCAUCCCCCAUUACGACGAUCCCCGGCUAGGUCACUUCAUACUGAGAGAGAAGCGGGAGAGCGCCGCUGGCGGGGCCACGACUCUGGUGUCUGUCAAGGAGCGCCUGCUGGAGGCCGAGUCCGUGGACGAGGUUUGCCAGAUUGUUGGAGACGGCUUGGCCGAAAAGCUCCGGGCCACGCUGCAAAUAACCCACGAAGACGGCGUGAAGCGGGAUACUCCUCUCAUAGACCAAGGGGUCGACUCGCUGAGCGCAGUCACGAUUGGAACCUGGUUCUCUAAGAAUCUCAACCUCGAGCUGCCCGUGCUAAAGAUUCUGGGCGGAGCCUCCAUCAAUGACCUGGCCGAGGAAGCCGCCGAACGACUACCUCCCAGCGCUACUCCGUUGGUCCACUGCUCCGACCUGAAAGUGCCGGUUGCCGUCCAGAGCAGCAGCGACGACUCGGCAUCCUCGCGUUCGUCAGACACCGAGCCCUCGUCCGUUUCCACGUCUCCGCCCUUGACUGCCAUUCCCGGGAACAAAGUGGGGGAUACACUACCAUUCGAGCGCAAGGCGUCCAUGUCCCUCAACCAGGAGUACUCUUGGAAGAUGCAGAGGCAGUCGGCCGACCCGACCAGGUUCAACUCGACCAUCGGCAUGUACAUGAAGGGCUACAUAGACCUGGACCGCAUGGCCUGGGCCUUCGAGGCCGUUUUGAGGCGCCACAAGAUCUUCCAGACCCGCUUCCCUAGCUCGGGCGAGACCGUGCAGAUAAUCAUGGACGCGCCCCGCAUCAGGUUCCGAGCUGUCCCCGUGGCUGACAGGGCCGCCGCUGAGCAAGGGUUCAAGGACGUCGACGGCCAGAGCUACGACCUCGCGGCGGGGGACACACUCAAACUGGUCGACUUUUACUGGGCGCCGGACGAGCAUAUCGUCAUCAUCGCCUACAACCAGCUUGUCUGCGACGGCUGGACCUACGAGCGCCUCUUCGUGGAGCUCGCGCAGAUAUACGACGGCAACAACGACCUGCCGCCGGCGCCCCAGUACGCCGACUUCGCCGCCCGACAGCGGGCGGCCUAUGAGAAGGGCGGCAUGGACGCGGACCUGGCCUACUGGAAGUCCCUGCACGAGGCACUCCCGGAGCCGCUCCCCGUCCUGUCUCUGCCGCCGGGUUCUCCGCCGGCCGCCGCGGGAGACCCCAAGCCCCCGCCCUCGUGGGACCAGCACGUCCUCAAGGCGCGCGUGAGCCCGGCCACGGCAUCCCGCAUCCGGAACGUCUGCCGCAGGUCCAAGGCGACGCCGAUGCAGUUCUACCUCGCCUCGUACUACGUCCUCCUGGCGCGGCUCACGGGCAGGGCGGACAUGGCCAUCGGCGUGGCGGACGCCAACCGGCCGGACCUCGACGACCUCUCGACCAUGGGUCUCUUCCUCAACAUGCUGCUGCUGCGGCUGGGCCACACGGCCGGCGACACCUUUGCGUCGGCACUCUCGCGGGCCAGGGAGCACAUGCGCGGCGCAGUACUGCACUCGCGGGCGCCGAUGCACGUCGUCCUCGAGGGCCUGGGCGUCGACUCGGCGAAGCCGCACGCCUUCAUGCAGGCAGUCUUCGACUACAAGCAGGGUCAGGCCGAGAGCGGCGCCCUCGGCGAGGCGCACAUGGCGGGGGUCCUGGCGUCGCGGUCCCGCACGCCGUAUGACAUCACGCUGGAGAUGUCGGACGACCCUUCCAAGAGCCCGCUGCUCACCUUCAAGCUUCAGUCCUCGCAGUACAGCCCUCGGGACGUGCGCGAGGUCAUGGGGAGCUUCAUGUCGUUACUCGACGCGUUCUCGCGGGACCAGGGGACUCUCAUCAGCGAGGCUCAGUUAGAUUGGGAUGAUGUGCAGUUUGCUUUUGAGGAAUAG